UCGGCCACUUGCUGCCCUACCGUCUCCGCCUCCGCCUCCUCUCCCUCUCCCUGCGGUCGCCGGUCAGAAGGCAGUGUCCUCCUCCCCCGCCCCUCCCCUCUAGCGUUUGUUCCCGCCUGCGGCAGGAGAGGAAAAGUGAAGAGGAAAGGCAGAGUCAUGGGCAACUCCUUCCCUACACGUUCAGCAUCUCCUGCACAACUGGGGAGGACACAUGAUCCAUGCUUCAAAUGGAAGAUUCAUGACUUCUCGGUUCUACUUGAGAGAGGAGCUAUGCCAAUUAACUCUGCCCUUUUUCACUUCUCUGGGCAUAAGUGGUUUCUCCGAGUCACUCCAUCGCAUAAAAAAUUCUUCGCUGUACCUCCAUAUGUUGCUCUUUCUCUUGGCCUGAGCGUAGGAAGUUUGGACUUGGAGCCAGAUUACACAAUUGAGGCAGCGUUCGUGUUAGCAAUAUAUAAUCAUUCAAAUGGGUUGUAUUAUGGAUCUGAAGCUAGCUACAUGUUCCAUAUCAACAAUACAAACUCAACGCUAGAAUGCUUGAUUCCUCUUAAAGAACUACUGAAAUCACCAGGUUUUCUGGCUGGUGAUUGCUGUGUCUUUGGUGUGGAGAUAUUAAAAGUUGAUGUCUUCCCUCAUGAAAAGGAGGCUGUUGUGGUUCAGAAGAAGGCUCCCACGGUUCAGAACCUCUUCAUCCAGAAGAAUGGAUUCGUCACAAGGAACUGCACCUUGACCAUGAGCAAUUUUCUUGAGUUGAAUCUGAAGCACUUUGUCCGCUCUGCCAUGUUUGAAAUUGACGGACAUAAAUGGUACCUUGGCAUCUAUCCUCGUGGUGACCAGUACAGCACGAGUUACCUCUCCUUGUACUUAUGCAUGGAUGCUUCGGACAAGCUCCCUCCUGAAUCUGGAAAGCUGGUUGAGUUGAGUUUAUCCAUCAUGGACCAAAAGCAUGGGCAACAUUACACCAGAAAAUCUCCAGCUCUUGUGGUGUUUGCGGGCGAAUGUCGCUGGGGAUGGUCCAACUUCAUUCCACUCAGCAUAUUCAGGGAUCCAUCCAGUGGCUACCUUGUACGGUCGUGCUGCAUUGUCAAGGCGGAGAUAACUACCGUCGGUUCAUCCAAUGGUGGCGAGGUCUUAGCUGAUGGCAAGAUGAAUUUGUUAAAUUGUGAUCCAAAUUCUAGUACCGGGUUGACUAGACGUAGUACAAUCGGUGUGGGCGUUGCGUUGACGUCGACGCGUACGAGUACAACUCAUUUACUUGUCCUCCAAAGAUUCAUGUAUUGCCCUCUUAUAUACCCCAUAUAGUCGCACUUCA